CUGACUGACGAUACCGACUUCGAUGCCGGAGAAGCACCUGAGAACGUGCCGAAUCCACGGGCAAACGCUGGGAACAACGAUGAUUACUGUGGUAGAGGAGUUCGGACAAAGUGCGUCCAACUAAGUCGCCCUGACAAAACAGCCAAGUCGAUAGAACGAGACCAGCCCACCGACCCACACAGACUGAGACCAAAAAAAGGCCACGUCAUCUUGGUCUUCAUCUCUGAGUCAACACGGCCUUGCUUUACGAAGGUUAUUCUUAUCCAGGCAGUUUCGACCUCAUCUUCGUCUCCUCAGCACCCCCAGCGGGACUCGAGUCGUGAUAGUGCGAGGCCUGGAGAUGCGGAGCCAGAUACGUGCCAGCAUCGGCCUCAGUGGGCAGCCGGUAAAUAUGCUGAUUAUCUGCGGCAGAUGGACCUGAAGACCGGUCGGCCUACCCCUGGACUGCCUAGAGCAGCCUCAUUUACUCAAGUGCCUAUCUAA